AUGAGUUAUCCAUGUAAAACAUCUUUUAAAGGAUAUCUCAGUUAUAAAUGUUACGAAAAUAUAAAAAUUCAAUUUGGCGAAAAAAUAGAAAGAACUAAUUAUUCCAUUAAAGAAGGCAUUUCGAAAUAUGCAGAAACCUACACAUCUAAUAAUGAGCCGAAACUUAAAAUGUUAUCUAAUAUUUUUACAAAUUUAAAAAAAUAUUUAAGCAACGAUCAUGUUUUUGCUUCAGGCGAUUAUGAUGGGGAAGGAACUUGCAAGUAUAUUAGCUAUUUGUUAUGUGAUCAAAUCCGUGAUAAACUACAUGGUGAAUGUGAUAAAGCAACAUUUAAUAUUUUCCAAGAUUUUGUAGACAAAUACAAUGAAUCUACGAAUUCUCAUUUGUGUAAGGACAAUAUUAAACACCUAGAUGUUAAUGAAUUUCUAAAAAUGAAAGCGUUAUAUGAAUUGUAUGAUAAUUAUAUAUAUUUAAUUCCAUCAUAUGCAUUUCGUAGUACACAUUACUGCAAUAAUAUGCUUAACUUAGUUCGCUUAUAUAAUAAUUUUUUAAAUAAAUAUCCAUCCGAUAGUUUAAAAUUUAAUGAUGUAUUAAAGCAGUUUGAAGAACUAAUGGACACUAUUACAGAGACCGGAAAAAAACAUUGUAAAGAGCAAUAUAUUUAUAUACGUAAACCAGAUUUUUUUAUAGCACCUGUGGAAGAAAUAGCACCCCAUGCCAACACAUUAUCAGGACGAGAAAGUAAUCUAUUACAAAAAGGCACAUUAGAUAGUGAAGUUAAACCCAAAUCUCCAGAAGUAAUAAGUUCAUCAACAACUUCAGUAGAAGAACAAAAAAUAGAAGUUCUUGAAAAUUCAAAAAGAUCUGAAGUAUCAAACAUAUUAGAAGUAGCAUCAACUUCUGUAUCAAAGGGCACUGUUGAAAGAAGACCACUAAAUCAAAACCGAAAACACUCAGAACAACAUGAAAUUUUAAGAAGAUAUCCUUAUAAUUCACGAGGACUCUAUGUACCAGGAAGUUAUGAUGGACAAGGAAGAUACCCUAAAACAAACAAAAUAUUAUCACGCGAAGGAAAUUCCAUAGUAAUAACAGAAGCAUUUGAACCCGGAUCAGGAAAUGAUUCUGCAGGAUUCAUGUCAAAUGUACAAAAUGGUAUUUCAGAAUUGAUAAAAGAUAUUGAUCCA